UUUCUCUCUCUCUCUCUCUCCGUCUCUCUCUCUCUCUCUCUCUCUCUCUCUCUCUCUCUCCCCCCCCUCUCCCCCCUCUCUUUCUCUUCGUGUCCAGUACGUUUCCAGUGGGGCUGAAUGGAAGUGCUGGAGCCGGGUUGUGGAGUUGAGAGGAUCUCCUAGCUCUGGAGCUCAGCGGGCUGUAUGUAUAGCGGAGCCAUGAAGGAGAGCUCUCAGCGCGGCCACUGACAGGAUGGCCACCCGGACCGCCGGAGGAAUCUCCGCGGUGCUUUCUCUGUGCUGGUUUUUGCUUCAUGUUCUGGGAGACGACACACAGCAAGAUGGCCACUUGAAUUCUCUACAGAGUCCAGGCCCUCUGUCCUGCUCUGAGGGCUUCACAGAGCUCGGUUAUUACAAUGGCUCUGUGUCACAGACAGAAUCAGGCUUUCCCUGUCUGAAAUGGACUGAAUUCCCAGACUAUAUGCUGCAGUACCCAAACAGAGGGCUGGGCCAUCACAGCUACUGUAGGAACCCUGACCGCGAGGUGAACCCAUGGUGCUUCUUUAGACAACGCUCUGGAGCUAUCGGCUGGGCCUACUGCGACUGCCACCAAGGUGCAGCCAGGCUUAUGGGAGGCCCAUCCAACAAGAGCGGUCGACUGGAAGUUUAUCUGAAUGGUCGGUGGGGUGCAGUGUGUGACACACACCUGACUGACCGAGAUGCGAGUGUCAUCUGCCGGCAACUUGGGCUGGGAGAAAUCGGCACUGCCCUCCAGCACUCCUACUUUGGACCUGGUUCUGGACUCUUCCAUUACGAACGCCUCGGCUGCUGUGGCAAUGAAAACUCGUUGGUAGAAUGCAGAAACAGGAAGUUUGUCUCCGGUGAUUGUAACCAUGGAAAUGAAGCUGGAGUGGUAUGUGCAGCACCUGAAGGCAAUGGCACCCCCUUGAGGCUGGUGGGAGGUUUGGAAGAAUUUGAGGGGCGAGUGGAGGUGUAUCAUAAGGGCAAAUGGGGCACUAUCUGUGAUGACCAGUGGGAUGAUAUUGAUGCAGAGGUAGUCUGUAGACAGCUGGGUCUUGGGGGUGUGCCGAAAGCAUGGAUGUGGUCUCAUUUUGGCCAGGGCUCUGGGCCCAUCUUGCUGAACAGGGUACAGUGCACAGGAAAUGAGCUUUCACUGGAGGAGUGUCCUCAUAUGCCCUGGGGCCAGCACAACUGUGACCACAUGGAGGACGCUGGUGUGUCCUGCAACCCAUACACAGAUGGUGUGCUGCGUCUGGUGGGAGCAGAUGGACCGUGGGAGGGACGCCUGGAAGUGUAUCACUCUGGGGAGUGGGGCACAGUGUGUGAUGACAACUGGACCGAACGCCAUGCCCAAGUGGUGUGUCGGCAACUUGGAUUCAGUAGAGGGCGAGCUGAGGUUGCUCCAGAUGGUGCGUAUGGAGAGGGCACAGGGCUGAUCCUACUGGAUGAAGUGACGUGUGAGGGGGGUGAGAGCUCCCUGCUGGAGUGUGAGCAUGCAGAGUGGGGGCGUCAUGACUGCUCUCACAGUGAGGAUGUGGGUGUACGCUGUGAGAGAGCGGUCGACACCAAUGACAUUCCUGCAGUUCCUCCGGUCUCAGGCCCUCUGGUGCGGCUAGUGUCUGGAGAGAGUCGUAAAGAAGGCAGAGUAGAAGUCUUCCUUAACGGCCAGUGGGGCAGUGUGUGUGAUGAUGGCUGGAAUGACAUCAAUGCUGGAGUGGUCUGCAGGCAGCUGGGCUUUAUUGGAGUGUCUAAGGCACGCUCCAUGGCCUAUUUUGGAGAGGGCCAGGGACCAAUCCACCUGGACAAUGUGAGGUGUGUGGGCACAGAGUCAUCCCUGGGUGAGUGUCCAGCUGAUGGGCCAGGCACACAUGACUGCAGACACAGUGAGGAUGCAGGGGUCAUCUGCGAUUACGUCUCACAGCCAGCAGACGACAGUGCAAUGGCAAAGCAAUCAUGUGGCCUUAGGGCCAACACACAGCGCCGCAGGAGGAGGAUCAUUGGUGGUGACAAGUCACUAAGAGGGGACUGGCCGUGGCAGGUCUCUCUGUGGCUAAGGUCUCAGUCCAAGAGGAACCAUCCGCUGUGUGGAGCUACUCUCAUCAACUCCUGCUGGGUUGUCACUGCUGCUCAUUGCUUUAAGAGGUUUGGCAGUGAUCCCUCACGUUACGUUCUGCGGUUGGGAGACUACCACACGGAGGAAAGGGACGACUUUGAGCGCACGCUUUCGCCUGAGCGCAUCGUCAUCCACAAAAAGUACCAGAGCCAGGGCUGGGAAUAUGAUAUCGCCUUGCUGAGGCUGAAGGGCACUGAGGGGAAGUGUGUGUCCUUCAACCCUCACACCAAUGCUGCCUGUCUUCCUGCUCAGAGUAACAGGAGGGCCAAGAGACCUGCUGCUUGUGUCAUCACUGGCUGGGGAGUUACAGACUCAGAGUACUCUCGGACCCUACUGCAGGCAUGGCUUCCAUUGCUGCCUUCCUGGAAGUGUAAGAAACGCUACGGCAGCCGCUUCACUGGCCGCAUGUUGUGUGCUGGCAGCCUGUCAAACCAUCGUCGUGUGGACAGUUGCCAGGGAGACAGUGGGGGCCCACUGGUGUGCCAGGGCCAGGGUGGACGCUGGACAUUAACCGGGAUCAUUUCCUGGGGUCAUGGCUGUGGUGACCCCAGCUAUCCUGGGGUAUACACUCGUGUCAGCAGGUUCUUAAAGUGGAUUGAGAAGGUCACCCUGACUCCUGCUUAAGUCUGAAGUUACAAUGGUGAUGUGGCUCAUUCUUUGUUAAUAAAAUGUACUUAAAUUAUGGGACGCGGUGAAGAGGUGGCUAAAGUGUAGAGAUGGGACAAUAACACUUUUUCAUUUCCGAUAUUGAUAUUGAAACCUUAAGUAUUGACCGUUGCCAAUACCGAUCUUGAUGCAAUAUUUUUUUCUUUAAACUCUGCUAUGCUUUAAAAUGAGCUGUUUUAAACUGAAGCACUUCACUCAAGAUGAGCUACCGUGCCUGAACUACUCAAACAUUCUGUUACCCCACAGGAAGAAAUGCACAUCUAACAACAAAACAUCACACACUGUGAGUGUGUGCCAUUUCAGGCUAGAUUUUUACAGUAUUUGACUGAAUUCAUUAUUUUUUUCCCUCUAAUAUUUAGUUCUGAUGAUACUGGCUACAGUGAUACCUGGUUUCUUAUCAGUGCCAUCUCUACUAAAUUAGGGUUCCCUGUCAGGAGAGCUGACCUCUUUUUGCACAUUCAACAGCUCAUAUACCAUUUUUGCUUCUACUCAUCUGCACUUCAAAAGCCAUUAGGAAAGGGGUUAUGACAUAUCUCAAACAUGUGACUGACAUUCUUGAGGUAGAAGCACACUGAAUGUGCAGAAUCCUUAAGGUUGAACUUGCCUUGAUUGACAAGACUGUAUAUACAGGCUGUACAUAAAACCAUGUUGCACUAAACUGCAUGCUAUACUAGUGAAA